AUGAGGAUGGAGGGAGCCAUCGGCGCGGGCUCGGCGCGGGCCACGGACUGCGAGGUUAAGGAGGCAGGGAGCAGCCAGCGAAAGCCUCCUCCUGGAGGGGUGCUUGAUGUCAAGAAAGACUGGUCGGAUCACGCGCUGUGGUGGGAAAAGAAGAAAACCUGGCUCCUUAAAACGCACUGGACGUUGGACAAAUACGGGAUACAGGCUGAUGCCAAGCUCCAGUUCACACCUCAGCACAAGCUGCUUCGCCUUCAGCUGCCCAACAUGAAGUACGUCAAGGUGAAAGUCAACUUCUCCGACAGGGUCUUCAAGGCCGUCUCUGACAUCUGCAAAACCUUCAACAUCAGGCAUCCAGAAGAGCUCUCCCUUUUGAGGAAACCCCGAGACCCGUCGAAGAAAAAAAAGAAGAAGUUGGAUGAUCAAUGUGAAGACGACGCCUUCGAGCUGGAGGGUCCUCUGAUCACACCAGGGUCUGGCACCGAUAUUCUUUACAUCGGCCCCGUCAAAGGAAAUAUAUACUCGAGCCCAGGACUUUAUAGCAAAACGAUGACGCCGACCUACGACGCUCACGACGGCAGCCCCUUGUCACCCACCUCAGCCUGGUUCGGUGACAGCGCCCUGUCGGAGGGCAACCCGGGCAUCCUGGCUGUCAGCCAGCCCGUCACCUCCCCAGAGUCCUUAGCAAAAAUGUACAAGCCACAGGCGCUGCUGGAUAAAGCCAAAAUCAACCAAGGAUGGCUGGAUUCCUCCCGAUCUCUCAUGGAGCAGGAAGUGAAAGAAAACGAGGCUUUGCUGCUCCGGUUCAAGUACUACAGCUUUUUUGACCUGAAUCCAAAGUACGACGCGAUCAGGAUCAACCAGCUCUACGAGCAGUCCAAGUGGGCCAUUCUGCUGGAGGAGAUCGAGUGCACGGAGGAAGAAAUGAUGAUGUUUGCGGCGCUGCAGUACCACAUCAAUAAGCUGUCCAUCAUGUCCUCGGAAAACCACCUCAACAACAGUGACAAGGAGGUGGAUGAGGUGGACGCCGCGCUCUCGGAUCUGGAAAUUACUUUGGAGGGUGGCAAAACGUCGAUGAUCCUGGGUGACAUCACUUCCAUCCCGGAGCUCGCCGACUACAUUAAAGUCUUCAAGCCCAAGAAGCUGACGUUGAAAGGCUACAAGCCCUAUUGGUGCACCUUCAAAGAUACCUCCAUUUCCUGCUAUAAAAGCAAAGAGGAAUCCAACGGGACUCCUGCACACCAGAUGAACCUGAGAGGAUGUGAAGUUACGCCUGAUGUGAACAUCUCUGGUCAGAAAUUUAACAUCAAACUUCUGAUUCCGGUGGCGGAGGGAAUGAAUGAAAUCUGGCUUCGCUGUGAUAAUGAGACACAGUACGCCAGCUGGAUGGCCGCCUGCCGCCUGGCCUCCAAAGGCAAGACGAUGGCCGACAGCUCCUACGGCAUGGAAGUGCAGAACAUCCUCUCCUUCCUGAAAAUGCAGCAUUUGAACCCAGACCCGCAGCUGAUCCCCGAACAGAUCAACACCGACAUUAACCCCGAGUGCCUGGUUUCUCCUCGCUACCUGAAGAAAUACAAGAACAAGCAGCCAGGCUAUGUAAGAGACUUGAUCACCGCCCGCAUCCUGGAAGCCCACCAGAACGUGGCUCAGAUGAGUCUCAUCGAGGCCAAGAUGCGGUUCAUUCAAGCCUGGCAGUCGCUGCCGGAGUUCGGCAUCACGCAUUUCAUCGCAAGGUUCCAGGGGGGCAAGAAGGAGGAGCUGAUCGGCAUCGCCUACAACCGGCUCAUCCGGAUGGACGCCAGCACGGGCGACGCCGUCAAAACCUGGCGCUUCAGCAACAUGAAGCAGUGGAACGUCAACUGGGAGAUCAAAAUGGUGACGGUGGAGUUUGCGGACGACGUGCGGGUGUCCUUCAUCUGCACGGAGGUGGAUUGCAAAGUGGUUCACGAGUUCAUUGGUGGCUACAUCUUCCUGUCCACGCGGGCCAAGGACCAGAACGAGAGCUUAGACGAGGAGAUGUUCUACAAACUGACCAGCGGUUGGGUGUGAGGCCCCACCUACUGCCCACCCAGAGGAAACCCCAUGGCCAUAUUAAUAUUUAACUUUAAAAAGCUGUCCUUUGAAAUAUGCUGCUUAAUAAAGUAAGCUUGAAAUGUA